UUUUUAUUAAGGGAUCAAGAGAAUACAAAUAGUCUGGAUUGAUAUCCUCAUGCUACUUAAGGAUACUUUCUUUUUUUCCUGGAGGAUAUCAUUGAUUUUUUAAAGAUAUACUAUUUAUGGUAAACGAUUUCUAGCGCUACCUGAACUGGGGUCCGAGUUGUGUUAAAUGGAGGUUCAACAGUUUUGAUAGUCUUGAACUGGAAACAGAUUACCUGUUCAACAUGAAGCUAUCUACUAAUUCAGAAAACCAAAGUCUGCAUUAGCUGUCAAGCAGGGACAAUGAUCUUACCAGGUUCCACUAGCUUAAAUUCCAAUGACAAUGACUGGAUUACAGCAUCCAGAUCUUUACAGUUUGCAGCGCAGCAAUAUCAGGUGAUGCGCAGAAGUAGCAGCAUUCCAAGUGAGCAUUAAGUCGACACGCAGUCAAAUAUUUCUAGUUGUGACUGAACAAACAACUUGGUGGAGUUCUGAAAACCAGCCCCACUGGUGUACCAUCCUCUUGAGACUCGGUUUAGUCUCUACUAGUACCAACUGGACUUGUAUUGUUACUGAUAGUGACACAGAAAUCAAGCUGUCACAGGUGCCUUUAGUGCAUGAUUGAAGGCAUAUGAUCUUGAAAUGAUCUUUACUUUCUUCCUAGAGACAGCUGUUAUUUAAACUUUCCUCUGUCUUUGCCUGAGUUUGGUGGAAAUAUUUUCUCCACUUACCUUCCUGAAGCUGAGGAAGAAAUAGCCUGCAUUUUUAUUGAAGAUAUUCUGAAACCAAACAAAAUCAAAAGUGCGGCACACUGGGGCUUGUCCUGAGAGAUUACAAGAAGAAUGCUGGUCCCGGGUGCACUAGGGCAGGAUGGAGUUGCGUUGGCAGUGCUCGUCAGCUGCUAGAUGGUUGUCGUUGAUGUUGCUAUGGCAGUGGGCAGUACUGGGUCGUCUCGGCUGGUUUUUGGUUUUUGCUGCUGCUCCGGAUCAGCGUGCCACCUCCACAGAAGCUGCCAGGACGGACGGGCACCUGGACUGGCUCCUCUUUGACAGGGGACCCUUUCACCGCUCCCCUGAGUAUACUGACUUUAAGGAGAGGUUCCAACAGGGCUUCACCACCAGAUACAAGAUCUACAGAGAGUUCAGCCACUGGAAGGUGAAUAACCUGGCUGCAGAACGGCGGGACUAUUUUAAGGCCCCCUUACCCCUGACCCCCGAGUUCAUUCGUAAUCUGAGACUGCUGGGACGCCGGCCCAGUCUGCAGCAGAUCAAUGAAAACCUGAUCAGGAAAUACGGGACCCACUUUCUGGUGUCGGCCACACUAGGAGGAGAAGAAUCACUUACUAUAUUUUUGGACAAGCAGAAGUUGAGCAAAAAAGCAGAAGGCAAUGGCAACAGUUCAGCAGCAACUCUGGAGACCCUGCAUCAGCUGGCAGCCUCUUAUUUUAUUGACAGGGAGAGUACACUAAGAAGACUGCACCAUCUCCAGAUAGCAACCUCUGCCAUUAAGGUAACAGAAACCAGGACUGGACCGCUAGGAUGCAGUAAUUAUGACAGCCUAGAUUCAGUCAGUUCAGUCUUAGUGCACAGUCCUGAAAACAAAAUUCAUUUACAAGGCCUCCAAGACAUCCUCCCAGAGUUUCUUCAGAACCGUUUCGUGGAGGCGGCCCUCAGCUAUGUGGCCUGCAAUUCAGAGGGUGAGCUCCUCUGUCGCAGCAAUGACUGCUGGUGCCAGUGCAGCAGCAAGUUCCCAGAGUGCAACUGUCCUUCCACAGAUAUCAACGUUAUGGAGGACAAUCUGCGUAAAAGCAAGAAAGCCUGGGCCAGCUUUAAUGCAGACUUUGAGGAAUCAGAUGAAUACAAGGUUUUCCUGAAGAGACUGCCGACUGAUCGCUUUUUGAAUACAUCAGUCAUAUUCCAGUUCUGGAGGGCAGACACCAAUCUCCAGCAACGUUAUGGACAACUGGAAGCCAGCAGCAGGCUGCUUCUCUGGAAAGCACAAAAGAUUGUCCGCAAACUUUUCACGUUGAGCAAACGCUGCCCAAAACUGCCAAGGAUUAGCCUCCCCAGGGAAAGACCUUUGAGUUUUUGGCUGAACCGUGCCCAGUCCCUCUUAUACUGCAAUGAGCACAACACUCCAGGAAUCUUUUCUGAAGAGGUCCAUGGCUGUACCUGCCCCUUUGAUCAGACAGCCUGCCAGGGGACAGUCCCGUGCAUGGUGGCGGACGCAGCAGCUUGCUCCUCCUGUGCCCCUGACAAUCUCACCCGCUGCGCCAGCUGCAACCCAGGCUACCUGCUGCUUCAUGGUGCCUGCAAGCCCAAAGUUGCUGACUCUCUGGAUCACUAUAUCAACUUUGACUCAGCCGUGCCAGACGCAGAGUUGAAGUAUCUCCUGCAGCAUCUGGACAGCAGGGUGGAAGUGCACGCCAUUUACAUCAGCAACGACAUCCGCCUAGGCAGCUGGUUCAACCCGGCCUGGCGCAAGCGCAUGCUUCUCACCCUAAAGAGCAACAAGAACAAGUCCAACCUCAUCCACAUGCUAAUGGGUAUCUCCUUUCAGAUCUGUUCCACCAAAAACAACACCCUGGAGCCAGUGCCUGCAAUCUAUGUAAACCCCUUUGGGGGAAGUCACUCUGAAAGUUGGUUCAUGCCUGUAAGCCAACAGGAUUUCCCAGACUGGGAAAGAACUAAAUUGGACGACGGACUUCAGUGUUACAACUGGACCUUAAUGAUGGGCACCAAGUGGAGGUCCUUCUUUGAAACUGUCCACAUCUACUUGAGGAGCCGGAUCAGGUCAGAUGAUCCUAGCAGCAAUGAAACUCUCUUUUAUGAGCCUUUAGACCCUGGAAAUGGUUCAGAUGACAUGGGCUACAUGAAGAUAAACAGCAUCAAGGUGUUUGGUUAUAGCAUGCACUUUGACCCAGAAGGGAUCAGAGAUUUGAUCAUGCAACUGGACUAUCCCUACACUCAGGGAUCUCAGGACUCAGCUUUCUUCCUGCUGUUGGAGAUGCGAGAGCGGGUCAAUAGGCUGUCCCCACAUAACCCACAGCGCCUGGAUCUCUUCUCCUGUCUGCUGCGGCAUAGGCUCAAGCUCUCCACUAGUGAGGUGGUUAGAAUUCGAGACUCUCUUCAGGCCUUUAGCUCCAAACUGCCAAACACAUUUGAUCAGGAGCUAACCCAGUUGUGCAGUUAGCUUUGGACUCUGGGUGGUCUGCCAUGCCCCUAAAGACAAAGUCUUAUUGUACAUGUUUAAUGGCACAUCAUUAUUUUCAGUUGUGUAUACAUUUAUACGAGGCAAAAUUUCGAGCAUGCAUGCUCCUUUUUAAGGUUAAUCAUCACAGGUGGAAGGAAAUAGGUUAAGAUUGCCUUGCUGCUCAUCAAUGAAAGUCUUUAUUUCAGAAGAGCAGAUGGGAGUUUGGUUUGAUGUUGUUUAUGAAGCACAGCAUUCAUUCUGAAAAAGCAGGAUACACCUGUCAGUCCAAAAGUACAAAACUUACUUUUUUUUACUUCAAGAUUAUUCUUUUGAAUGUUCGACAAAAAGGAAAAAAGAAGAGUUUUUUUUUUUUUUUUACAGAACAUUUUGAUAGUAUUGAAUGUUGUGUUUCAGUAGUCUUUAUGUUGCAGGUGAACAAAGAAUGAAGGGAAGGUUUGGUUAUUUCUGUACAUAAUGACCCUGUAAUACCUGUUGUUGUGCCUCUACCUUUCAGUACUAUUCCUCACUGUGCUUUGAAUGCAGGUCCAAGGAAUGUAAAUUGUAAUGUCUUGCUUUGUUAUUAAAUGUACGUGGACCCCAAAUUGCCAACAAAUGGAACACCUUAUCAAGGGUUACCCCUUCUUUUACUUGAUCAGAAUUAAGUCAAUGAGCUAUAUCUACCUAAAUUAUCAAAUUAAGAAGGUAGUUAGUCACUUUUUUAGUUUGUGGUUUCGUUGAAAUCACGAAUCCCCUGUUCAACUGACCUUAAAGAAAAGUUUUUGUGAUUCAGGUCAGAAGUAACCUUCUUUAAUUUGAAGUAAGACAGUGUCUUACAGUGGUUACAAAGGACAAGAUAACAUUCAAUGUCUUUGUUAUUAAUUUAUAUACUUUUUUUUUUUUAAAUGUACUAAUCGUGCAUUGAUUCCAAAUAAUAAAAAGUGAAAUGUGGAAAUUGUAAAAGUAAAAAUGCCAAAAACUAUAGUGAAGAUUGUGUCUGUAUUUGUUCUUAUGUGGAGGUGUUCAUAUUUGGCAAACCAAGCACACUUAUACAAUAACUCAAUUUCUGAACAAAAGGUAUUGCACAUUUGGCAGUGCAGUUUAAGCUUAAGAUAAGUUUUGAGCUGUCUGAAGCAACGAACAAUGGAAUUGCCAAAGUGCUCCCUCCUUUCAAAUGCAACCAUUUCCCCCUUCUCAUUUGCAUAUCUGAAUCCUGCACAACCAGCAUCAACAGUGUUAUUAUGAAAUAUCUUCUUAAAGUUUCUCUUCACAAGAUUUUCGACUUUUGUUUUGUACAUAAUCUUUUCUCUGAGGUUUGACGUGUUACUAUAGCAACUCACCCUUGGCACUGCUCAGUUGAAUACCGCAGCUGAAAUUAUGAAGAAAGUGGAUGUGAUCUUCACUUCUGGCUAUAUUCCUGGCAGUUUUACACAAAAUAAUUGUAUAAUUUCAGCUUGCUAAAGGAUUUGAAGUCAGCAUGUCAAUCACGUGCUAAGCAGGUGGAGUUGUUGUUCAACCUGAGAUUACUUAACCUAGACUAUGCCUUUUUUCAAUUUCUAUAAAAGCUUUACUGAAAAGCCAUUGUGUUGGAGGCAAUGACAUGAAAAGCAAGGUAACAAUAUUUUACAAAUGGAGCAACCUUUUACAUACUUCCCUCACAUAAGAGUAUCUUAUACGCUGUCAAUCCGCUCUUUUUGCCUUUCAUUGUCACAAAGGGCAGUAUUUUCCACCGUGCUGUAAUGGUAAGGCCAAAAAGAAAUCUUGCUUUUUCAGCACAUGAGUGUGAAGUGAUGAAGAUGGUAAUGUGUCAUUGCCACUUCUUGAGAAACAGUUUAGGUACUGCCUAAAACCCAAGUUUCUCUGUGAAGGGCUUUGGUUUUCCCACUGUACAACUAUACUCAUGGGGCAGCCCCUCAGUGUAUACCUAAAAUGGGCAUCAGCUAUAGUUUGUAAAUACAAGUUGUUUAUCUUUCUGUCAUUUAUAAAUCAUUGCGUGCCCUUCAACCAAUCCUUGCUACUCUGAAGGACAGCUAAUCAAUCAGGGGGUGUCUUUUAUGCUGUGUUAACUGUUAUGAUUGUCCUGCAAGAAAGAAAAAAAAAAUUAGAUUUUUUGUCUUUCAAUGAUUUAUAAGGCCUCAAGAAUACCGGCAGUGGGAUUCUGUGUUGAAACUUGUCAAAAGUGACAACUCCUUAGCUUUUCUUUCCUUUGGGUUUCUUUAUUUAAUGUCAUAUUUUUCUCUUCCCCCAUUAUAUCAUUCCACAAACACAAGUAAGAUGGUAGGUGUGAGUGCAUGUUUACCCGUAGUAGCCUCUGCCUGUCCCUUCCUGCUCCUUGUUCAUUCCUCAAUAAAAGAUUCUGUCGACAGAGAUCAUUCUCAUAACACAGAAAUGGGCUUUUAAAAAUGGAUUAGGUAAGAGUUAUAAUUGGGUUUGACAAGCGGUUAGAGAAGGAUUAUAUUUAUUGAAGUCUGUCAAACAUGAAUUUGUUCAUUCUUGGGUUUGAAUGUGGAAAUGUUAUAAUAGGUCAGGAUAAGAAUUAAGGGUAGGGUUGUAUUAAGUGUCCCGCUAGGUGUUUGGAUUAACAUUUCAUUUUGUGAUGGAGGUGUUUGGGUGGGUCUUUCCAAUGUGGAUGUAAAUCAAUGCAUAUUUCUUAUCAGACUGUCAAGGUGUUUGAAUACCGUAAAACUUCAAAUAACUGCCGGUCUCCAAUACUCGUUGGGUCUCUAAUAAGCGCCAGGUCUUCUGGGAAAUCUGGUAAAUUGACACCGGGUCUCUUUUAAAAGUUAGGUUAUGAAUAAUAAUACAAUGCAUGUCAUACUGAGUGUUUCAGCCAAUACACACAUGGCUGUAAGACGAGCUUACCAAUUUGUUGUUCAACAGCGAUGAAGAGACCCUGAAGCUCAAGAUGAAUGAUAAGAAAACUGAAUUUAACUUAUUGUGAAGCUUUUUUGAGCGUACUGAAAAUAAAAUCUAAACUUCUU